GUGGGGACAGCCUGGAUGGGGUGGGACCACCCUGCAGCCUGGGCCCCCCACCCGGGACCCCAACGUGGGACCCCUCAGGUGCCUUGGCAGUGCCAGGUCCCCUCCCGGGGCUGCUCCGCUCGGUUCCCCCGGUACCGGCGGGGUCUGGAUCCCCCCAGCUCCGCUCGGUUCCCCCGGUACCGGCGGGGUCUGGAUCCCCCCAGCUCCGCUCGGUUCCCCCGGUACCGGCGGGGUCUGGAUCCCCCCAGCUCCUCUCGGUCCCCCCGGUACCGGCGGGGUCUGGAUCCCCCCAGCUCCGCUCGGUUCCCCCGGUACCGGCGGGGUCUGGAUCCCCCCAGCUCCGCUCGGUUCCCCCGGUACCGGCGGGGUCUGCAUCCCCCCAGCUCCGCUCGGUUGCCCCGGUACCGCCGGGAUCCCGUCCCGGCGGGGCUCGCGUUCCCUCCCGGCGGGCGCUGGAGGCGGCCCAGCCCGCUCCGCCCGCGCAGACCUCCGUGCCCGUCCCCACGGCGGGGCCCACCCCGAGCCCCCAGCGCGCUCGCCCCGUGUCCCAAAAUCCCGUCCCGGGGGGGAGGGUGGGGACAGCUCUGUCCCCCUGUCCUGAGCGGGGACUGUCCCCAAGGCAGCCAGGCGGAGGCGGAGGCCAUGGAGAAGGAGCUGCUGGAGGAUUAUCGCUUCGGGCUGCAGCAGCUGAUCGAGAUCUGGGGACACGCCUGUGCCGUGGCUGUCACCAAGGCGUUCCCGCUGCGCUCUCUGCGGCGCAGGCAGCCCACGCUGCUGGUGGCCUGCGGGCCGGCGCGGAUCGGGGCCGUCGGGCUGGUGUGCGCCCGCCACCUGCGCAGCUUUGAUUACGAGCCCACCAUCUUCUACCCCAAGCGCUCCCCGGACCCGCUGCACCGCGACUUCACCACGCAGUGCGAGAAGAUGGACAUCCCCUUCCUGUCCUACCUGCCCACCGAGGUGCAGCUGAUCAACGACGCCUACAACGCCGUGGUGGACGCGGUGCUGGGAGCCGAGGGGACAGAGGGGACAGAGGGGACGGAGCCGUGCGCGGCCAUCCUGGCCACCCUCAAGCACGUCCGCAUCCCCAUCGUCAGCCUGGAUGUCCCCUCAGGCUGGGCGGCCGGCGCGGGUGGCAGCGGUGACAUCAGCCCGGACGUGCUGGUGUCGCUGGUGGCCCCCAAGGAGGUGACGCGGCGCUUCCGGGGACGGCGACAUUUCCUGGCCGGGCGCUUCGUGCCCGAGGAGCUGCGGAGGAAAUUCGGGCUCAGCCCCCCCGAGUACCCGGGCAGCGACUGCGUGGUGGCCCUGUGACCCCAAAAACCCACCUGGGACCCCCAAAACCCACCUGGGACCUCCCAAAACCCACCUGGGACACCAAAAACCCACCUGGG